ACUUCACUCUGCGGGUUCAGGGUUCCGCCUCUAAACUAGCUAGCUAAAUAAAUGGUUAUCCCUCUACCCAAAACAAACGACUUUCCUUUUUAUAAGACCCAUUGGAAUAAAGCAGCAAUUCACUAUUGCACUCUGCAGUAGAUAUUUAAGGAAACAUGGCUGGACGUCUACCGGCUUGUGUAGUUGACUGUGGCACAGGGUACACAAAGAUUGGAUAUGCUGGAAACACAGAGCCACAGUUUAUUGUUCCUUCAUGUAUUGCCAUCAAAGAGUCGGCCAAGGUUGGAGACCAAGCCCAGCGCAGGAUGACGAAGGGGGUGGACGACCUGGACUUUUACAUCGGUGACGAGGCAAUAGACAAACCAAAUUAUGCAACAAAGUGGCCCAUUCGUCAUGGGAUCGUGGAUGACUGGGAUCUCAUGGAGAGGUUCAUGGAACAGGUCAUCUUCAAGUAUCUGCGUGCAGAGCCCGAAGACCACUACUUCCUCUUGACAGAGCCUCCUCUGAAUACCCCUGAAAACCGAGAGUACACAGCAGAGAUUAUGUUUGAGUCCUUCAACGUUCCAGGUCUUUACAUCGCUGUACAGGCGGUCCUGGCGCUGGCAGCCUCAUGGACCUCCAGACAAUUGGGCGAGAGGACCCUGACGGGGACGGUGAUUGACAGCGGUGAUGGGGUCACCCACGUCAUCCCAGUGGCGGAAGGCUACGUCAUCGGUAGCUGUAUAAAGCACAUCCCCAUCGCUGGUCGAGACAUCACCUACUUCACCCAGCAGCUGCUGAGAGAGCGGGAGGUGGGCAUCCCACCAGAGCAGUCAUUGGAAACACCAAAAGCCAUCAAGGAAAGGUUCAGUUAUGUCUGCCCUGACCUGGUGAAAGAGUUCAACAAGUACGAUGUGGACGGCUCUAAGUGGAUCAAGCAGUACACGGGCAUCAACUCCAUCAGCAAGAAGGAGUUCACCAUCGACGUGGGCUAUGAGCGCUUCCUUGGCCCUGAGAUCUUCUUCCACCCAGAGUUUGCCAACCCUGACUUCACCCAACCCAUCUCCGAGGUUGUUGACGAGGUCAUUCAGAACUGCCCUAUUGACGUCAGACGUCCCCUCUACAAGAACAUCGUGCUCUCUGGAGGCUCCACUAUGUUCAGAGAUUUUGGCCGACGUCUGCAGAGGGACCUGAAAAGGACAGUGGAUGGCAGACUAAAACUCAGUGAGGAACUGAGCGGUGGCAAGCUGAAGCCCAAACCCAUCGACGUGCAAGUUAUCACUCACCACAUGCAGAGAUAUGCUGUUUGGUUUGGCGGGUCUAUGUUGGCAUCAACUCCGGAGUUUUACCAAGUGUGCCACACCAAAAAAGACUAUGAGGAGAUCGGACCGAGCAUCUGCCGCCAUAACCCUGUCUUCGGGGUCAUGUCUUAAAAAGGACUUCCCUCGGUUAUCACUGGAGCUUGCAGUUGGAGCAGAAUGGAGUGGACGGACAGAGGCAGAGUUGCAUUACUGCACUACGGUCGCUGCUUAAUCCAGCCUAUUUCCAGGGCUACGGUUAAAGACAAAAUACAGGAAGAGAAUGACAUAGAAAUAGAAUGACUAGAUUCUAUUCCUAUGGAGAAUGACUCAUUCAUCAACUGCAGACCAACUAUCAGGCUGACAAACGGGGGGUGAAUAUCUAUGUAAAAGAUAAGGAAAUGGUGUCUUAAAGCCAAAAGAAUUUUCAGAGCAAUUGUGUGGACACAAAAUAAUGUGCAAGAUAAUAAAGUCAACUCAUGUAUGGUUA